GAACCAGCUUGCUGAGUGGUGGAGUUGAAUCUGUUCUAGUUCUGUGGCACAGUGAAUCAGACUGUCAGAAGGAUUUCCUUCCUCGUUUGGGAUCCGCUAUCGAGUACAUCUCCAUGUCAACUGAUGGCACGCUCUGUUGCACCUUGCAUACAGACAACAGAAUUACAAUAAUCAAUAGCAACCUAAGAUUUUCCAAAAGUAUUCAAGGGCUAAUCAAAAGUAGGGAUGUCAAGACUGGUCUGGUGGUUGAUCCUAGAACCAAAGCUUUGGUUCUGAACGGAGAGCCUGGCCACUUGCAGUUCUAUUGUCUCCAAAGUGACCAACAGCUGUUCAGUUUGGAUAUUGUGCAACGACAGUACAUUCAUCAGGCAGGUUUGAAGCAAGUUGACUUGGUAAAAGUCGCGUUUAGUGCGGAAGGCAAGUGGUUAGCAACAGUAGAAGAGAGAGAAGAAGUAACUGACCCUGAGUUACAGUUGAAGCUGUGGUUCUUUGAUGAAGAAACACAAAGCUUUAAGCUGAAUACUAGAAUAAGUAUGCCCCAUGAGGACCACAUAACAGACAUGUGCUUUCGUGACAUGGAUGAACUGGAAGAUGACUCUUUGAUAUUGGUAACAGCAGGCAGAGAUCGCGUGUUUAAAGUCUGGGUGAUGGUAGAAGACUCUGAUCCAGAGGCACAACAAAGUGUGAGCUGGAGUUGUGACUUUGUUGGCAGCUACCACAACUACGAAGCUACUAACUGCUGUUUCUCAGAAGAUGGCUCUUUGCUUGCUGUUAGCUUUGAAGAAACAGUCACUGUCUGGGAUUCUGUUACUUGGGAUCUUAAGUGUACGUUUUGCCAUCCACCUGGAAAAAUAAGGAACAUCUGCUUUGGGAGACUAACAUGUUCCAAGUACCUUAUUGGUGCCACUGAUUAUGGCUUUCUGUGUUGCUGGAACCUGCUCAGUUGUGCAUUGGAAUGGAGUGCCCACCUCAACAUCUUAAUUCUGCAACCUGAUCCCCUUUCAGAACAUAUUGCUGCUGUCUCAUGGCUCUCAAAAGAUUCCAGCUUGUUUGUGUUUAAACCAAAUGAUCCACGGCCAGUCUAUAUCCAGAGAAACCUUUGUAAAGAAAAGAUCCAGCUCGCCGCCUUCGUUCCAAGAGAGGAACCUGAAAUGAUUGGCUCAGAAAAAUACCUUUGGCUAAGAAGAUCCCAACUAUUUUUUCUUACCGACACACAAGAGCUAAUGACGCUUAGCACAAAGUCUCUAGAAGAAAGGCUUACACCAUCAAGCAAACAGUUGGCAGUAGAAGAAAGUCUUCCUGUGACCCCAUUUAGCUUGCUGUUGGGAAAGCACAGACGUCAGCAAUCACAAGACAAUAUAGACCUUGGAAAACUUAUUCAUAAUAAGCACGAGCAAGAUUCACCUGCUGUCAAAGAGCUUUUGCACACUCCAGCACACGUUUUGCCGUCUGCUUCCUUCCUCUGUCCUAUAUUUAUUAAUUCAUUGCUCAUCUCCAAAGGCAACAAAAGUGCUGAAGAAGUUGCUGAUGAAGUAGAAAUGGAAAGUGAAAAAUCAGAGGAUGAUUCUGAUGAGGAAAGAGAUGUUACUGAAAUGGAACAAGAAGAUGCAAGUCCUGUGGAAUUAUUAGGAGAGACUACUUGUAAACUGUCUAAAUCCCAGGAAAAAGAGCUACGAAAAAUAAGAAAAAUGGACUAUAGUUGGAUAUCAGCUUUCUAA